GGGUAGAUCGCGACGGGGUACGGCAGAAAUCUCUGCAUCCGCGAGGGCCCUUCCUCGAAGUCCUGCUCGGUCGAACGUCCGGUUAACGUUACGAAACGGGGUGUCCUCGGCUCCUCCGGGGAAUUCCGCAUUCUGCUGAAAUAACAGUAAAAAAAAGUGACUUCUCUCGCGCGGAUACGAUUAUCGUGAAAGAAAGGGAACAGCGUACUUCGGCGGGACACAUUCGGAGAAUGCAGGAAUAGGAAUCAGCGCGAGGACACCGAAAGUUCGGACGCAACACGUGCAGCUGCUCCCGAGGGAUUUUCCCGUUUCGUCGAAGUUCAACGUGUGGCUAGUAGAUAAGACCGAGAAAACAUUUCCCAACAUAUAGACGACAGUUACAUCAAUCAGCUCUUCGUUCCUUUCUUCUGUUCGCUUUCGACGACUUCGCUCCAGCGUUUUAAUCGGAGAAAAGAGCGUACAUACAUAUAUAUACACACGCACUUAACUACGCGUUCACGAGCUGGUUUUCACUCCCAACGGCCGAUAGGGAUGACGUGAUCCGUCCUUCGAUUUCGAUCUCGUUUCGCGAUUUCGCCGUCGCAAAAAAAUGCCUUCGAAGGAGCCGACCACCCCGGGCCGUCCUAAGGUAGACAGAUCCACGAGUCCUCUUCCGCGAAAACCGGCGGCGAGCACCGCGAAUCCGGUGCAGGAGCUGAAAGCUCUUUUUUCCGAGCCGGUGAACAACCGCACUUCUAACAGCGGAAAGGAAUCGGACUUCCGUUUUGAGGCCAUACAGUGCCUGCGACAGUCCUCCAUCAUCAAAAUACGAGCCAAGGAUCUGCCGGAACGAGGGAACUGGAGCAGCAAGAUCGAGUUUAUUCUGUCCGUCGUGGGGCUGGCGAUAGGUCUGGGAAAUCUAUGGCGAUUUCCUUACCUUUGCUACAAGAAUGGCGGCGGCGCCUUCAUGGUGCCGUAUUUCAUAGCGCUCGCGCUGGCCGGUAUACCGAUGUUCCUGAUGGAACUGUCCUUGGGACAGAUGCUGACGAUCGGCGGUCUAGGUGUUUUCAAGAUAGCGCCAUUAUUUAAAGGUAUCGGAUAUGCGACUUGCGUGCUCUCCUGCUGGACCAAUGUGUAUUACAUAAUCAUUCUCGCUUGGGCGCUCUUCUACUUCCUAGUCUCUCUGCGAGCUGACGUACCCUGGAGAACCUGCGACAACGCGUGGAACACGCGCUAUUGCAUCACGCCCGACGAACGUUUGAACGCCACGUGCUGGCACGACGAUUACUGGCCGAACGACCUCAUAUGCGCCACGUCCGUCGGGAACCUGAGUCACGAGUUACUGAAGGACCCGGUGAAGGAGUUUUGGGAGAGGCGAACUCUGAUGAUUUCCUCGGGCAUCGAAGAUAUGGGUGGUAUACGAUGGGAACUGGCCGGCACGCUCGCCGUCGUGUGGGUUAUGUGUUACUUCUGCAUCUGGAAGGGUGUCAAAUGGACCGGCAAGGUUGUCUAUUUCACGGCGCUGUUUCCGUACGCCUUGCUGGCGGUGCUGCUCGUGAGAGGUUUGACGCUGCCCGGCGCUUCGGAGGGUCUAAAGUAUUACGCCACGCCGAAUCUCUCGAAGCUCGGCGAUCCCGAGGUAUGGAUAGACGCAGUGACGCAGAUAUUCUUCACUUACGCCCUCGGCCUAGGCGCGCUGGUAGCUCUAGGCAGUUACAACAAAUUCAACAAUAACGUUUACAAAGAUGCUCUUAUUGUAUGCGGAGUGAAUACUUGCACCAGUCUGCUCAGCGGAGUGGUCAUAUUCUCCGUGGUCGGUUUCAUGGCACACGAGCAACAAAAACCAGUUGCCGAUGUGGCUGCUUCCGGACCGGGUUUGGCUUUUUUGGUUUAUCCCUCGGCAGUGUUGCAAUUGCCCGGAGCAUCGAUUUGGUCGAGUCUCUUCUUUUUCAUGCUGCUACUGAUAGGAUUAGACAGUCAGUUCUGCACCAUGGAAGGUUUCAUCACCGCCGCCGUAGACGAGUGGCCGCGACUGCUCAGAAAACGGAAAGAACUGUUCAUCGCAAUCGUAUGCUUGAUCUCUUAUCUGAUCGGACUUCUAUGCGUCACGGAAGGCGGAAUGUACGUGUUUCAACUGCUGGACACGUACGCCGUGAGUGGAUUUUGCUUACUUUUCCUGAUGUUCUUCGAGUGUAUCUCCGUGUCGUGGGCAUUCGGAGUGGGCCGAUUUUACGAUGGCAUACGAGACAUGAUAGGCUACUAUCCUUGCUUCUGGUGGAAGAUCUGCUGGACGUUUACCACACCUGCCAUUUGCGUGGGUGUCUUCAUCUUCAAUAUCAUUAAAUUCGUUCCUGUGAAAUAUCUUACAUACGAAUUUCCAUGGUGGAGCCAUUUGUUAGGAUGGCUUGCUGGCCUCUCCUCGAUGUUGUGUAUUCCAGGUUACAUGAUCUACAUCUGGAGUGUUACAUCGGGAACUACCUCAGAAAAAUAUCGGAAAUUGAUAAGAAUAGAAGACGAUGUUGCCGGUUUACGAAAGAAGCUCAAUCCAUCCAAAGCUGCUGCUAUUGAUGCAGAGUUUGAACUAUAGAAUUAAACUUUGUCUCUUCUUCAAUCAUAUUAUUUACGUGGCAAAAAACACUAUCGAAAUGGGAUUCAAGCAUCUCAUGCGAGAUUAAAAAGUAAAAUCAAAUUUCACAGAAUAUAUGUGUAUACAUAUAUUAUAUACUGUGAAAUCUGAUAUAAAAGAUAUCAUGUGAAGAUAUCAUGUGUUUCACUUCGAAUUUAUACAUCAAUGUUUAUUAAUUGAACUAAUGCAUCAUGUAUCUCUUAUAAUCUGCUUUCAAAUAACAUACUAUAUAAAAAAAUAACAAUAAUAUAUACUUCACAAUUUAA